CGCACGGGACUCCCAGCUGCACAGUCUGGCCCCAUGGCCUGCAAGGCAACAUACAGCAACGUCAACAUCAUUGAACCAGGACAAGAGGAGCCGUGGGGUUCUGAGCCAAGGGAGAAGGCAGCUGUCAGCGAUGCGUACACUGAAGAGGAGAACGAAUAUGAGGCUGUUGACCCAGCUCUUGGUGCAAGGAGGAGGCAGAUGGAGCAGCAGGAGGCUCGGGCUCCAGAGUGGGAGUGGAGACGGGGCCAGCGGUGGAUUUUGGCCUGCGCGACUGUCCUGGGAGUCUCUGUGCUGCUGAACCUGCUGCUCCUCACACUUGGUGUUGUCCGAUACAUGGAGAUGGCCAGCACCCUUGAGAGAAUGCAAGAGGAGAACCAGCAGCUCCAGGAUGUGGGCUCUCCAGCCUCUGGCUCCUUCCUGAUCUACAGUGAGUCACACCAGCUGUGUGUGGAUGUGACAGCUGGUGGCUCCCUGACAGCCGCGCCCUGCACCCCUGGCUCCCCCAGCCAGCACUUCCAGUGGCUGUCUCGGGGCCAGCUGCUGAGCGUGGCCCACCAGCAGUGCGUAGCUGUGCCAAAGCAGCUUAGCCGGAUGGCUGUGCGCCUGGAGCCCUGCAAGGCCCACAGGGAGCUGCAGCACUGGGAGUGCCGGGCAAACGGGCUGCUGGCCCUCGCCAAGGAGAACCUCUACUUCAACUAUGGCAACAGCCAGAACCACGUGGUGAUGCUGUACACAGGGGACGGGCCCUGGAGCCGUUGGGUCGUCUAUGGGAGCCAUGAGGACCUCUGCUUCUGCUCCUAUCAUGUCUGCACCCCAUGUCGCAGGGGGUGGACUUUCUUCCAGGACAGAUGCUACUUCCACUCCCGCUCCCAGGGCACCUGGGAUGCUGCCAACCACUCCUGUGCCUCUCUAGGUGCCCUGCUCCUCCAGGUGACCAGCCUUGCUGAGCAGGCUCACAUCGUGGCUUCCAUGAAAGCACCAUCCUCCUGGAUGGGCCUCACGGACCAGGCACUCGAGGGGGCUUGGAUGUGGGUGGACGGGACUCACUCAGCAGCCAAUGCCAGCUAUUGGCAGACAGGGGAGCCCAAUGGUGGGCAGACGGAGAACUGUGCGCUGGCACGACAGGAUGGGCACUGGUAUGACGUCCCAUGCACGGAGCAGCACCACUGGGUGUGUGAGGGGGAGCCCUGA